GGCAGGUCCGGGGCCCCAGUCCCGCCCUCUGCCCCUCCCCACCCUGCUCUGGGCCUGGCCUUCCAGCCAAAAGGCAGGCCGAGAGCAGGAGAGGCACAGAACCCGGCAUUGGUUCCGAGGCAGCCAGUUAGCCCGCCGCCUGUCUGUCUGUCCCCAGAGCCAUGGAGAGAGCCAGCCUGAUCCAGAAGUCCAAGUUGGCCGAGCAGGCUGAACGCUAUGAGGACAUGGCAGCCUUCAUGAAGAGCGCCGUGGAAAAGGGUGAGCAGCUAUCCUGCGAAGAGCGCAACCUGCUCUCAGUGGCCUACAAGAAUGUGGUGGGUGGCCAGCGGGCCGCGUGGAGAGUCCUGUCCAGUAUCGAGCAGAAGAGCAACGAGGAGGGCUCAGAAGAGAAGGGCCCGGAGGUGCGAGAGUACCGGGAGAAGGUGGAGACGGAGCUCCGGGGCGUAUGCCACACGGUGUUGAGCUUGCUGGACGCCCAUCUCAUCAAGGAGGCCGGUGACGCCGAAAGUCGGGUCUUCUACCUGAAAAUGAAGGGCGACUACUACCGGUACCUGGCUGAGGUGGCCACUGGUGAUGACAAGAAGCGCACCAUUGACUCAGCCCGGUCGGCCUACCAGGAGGCCAUGGACAUCAGCAAGAAGGAGAUGCCGCCCACCAACCCCAUCCGCUUGGGCCUGGCCCUGAACUUUUCCGUCUUCCACUAUGAGAUCGCCAACAGCCCCGAGGAGGCCAUCUCGCUGGCCAAGACCACCUUCGACGAGGCCAUGGCUGACCUGCACACCCUCAGCGAGGACUCCUACAAAGACAGCACCCUCAUCAUGCAGCUGCUGCGGGACAACCUGACGCUGUGGACGGCCGACAACGCCGGGGAAGAGGGGUGCGAGGCUCCCGAGGAGCCCCAGAGCUGAGCCGUGCCCGCUGCCCUCCCUGCCCUGCCCGCUCGUCCCCCACUCCUGGCAGAGAGGACUUGUACGGGGAGGGAAGCCAACCCUUCUCCCCAAAUGCUCUGCCCCAGCUCAGAAAGGCUCCACAGAGAGGAACCAGCAGAGCUGAGGCCACCCGGAGCCAGAGGAUUCCAUGCUUCCUGCAGCUGUCAGGUGCUGCUGGCCACUGGUCAUCCCACCCAGCCCUGCUCUCUGCACCUGCGCCCCCCGACCCCGCCCCUGAACCUGGCCACUUCCUCCCCACCCCGCCCCGCUCCUGCCCCUGAUGCCUCAGGAUCUUAGGAAUUGAGGAGUGUCCCACCCUUGUGGCUGAGAACUCAAUUGUGUGGCAGAGGCUGGAGACAGAGAGAGAGAGAGAGAGAGAGA